AUGAAACUCUUUAGUUUUCUGUUAACAAGAAAUUUACUGCUACUAUCAAUAUACUUCUCUAUCCUUCACGCUGUUGAAGUUUCAAGAGAUGUCGUUGUUAAAAAUCAAACCAUCUUUGACAAUCUAGCCAAUGAGCCCAUCACAGUCGAUUCAACAAGCUCUUUACAGCUAUUUGAUGGCCCAAAUAUUAACUUAAAUGGUGACUUGACUGUGGAUGGUACCCUGUGUAUUGGGAGUUACAGCUCUUCCAGUUUAGUCAUCAAUAUUGACUCCGAUACAUUGACAAAUAGCGGAGUCUUUUAUGCCAUGAAUGCUGAGGCAACAAACACAGACCAGUACAUCUUCAACAAUUUAUACAACUACGGGACAAUGAUGUUUGCAACUAGUAUAUUCAGUACUGCUAAUUUGCUACCAAAAAUUUACGAUAAUUUCGUCAAUGAAGGUAAUAUGUUUAUUGUGACUACCACUGAAAUAACAGUCGAUAGUCCAACUUCCGGGAUUUAUAAUGAUGGUACUAUUGAACUUGAAGCAGGUACCGUCACAAUCUCUGUACCAAUGACCGGAGGUGGAUGUCUGGUAUCCUCUAGUUAUUUGGUUUUGGAUCUUUCGAACAAAAUCGAUCAAACAAUUGUGUUAAAUGGUAAUAAUCAGUUUGUUACCCUAACUGGUUUGUCUUCAGGUAAUAUUCCUAAGAUUAGAGUCCCAGGAACUGUUUCUCCCCCCUCCAUUCUAUUACAAACGACACCAACAGGUGCUCUCUCCUAUAAUUCUGUAACUGGUAUACUAACGUUCCCACCUUACAAAAUGGAUAUUGGUUUGGGAUACCCAACAACUGGGUGGAAAAUUUCUUCAGAUAAUUGUGUGGAUGAUUCAGGUGUUUCUCACAUAUGUUUCAAAUUCCCUGCCCAAACUACUUCUCAAAGUUAUCCAUCAAAUUGCGCGGCAAGUAUGUUUCCAGAUCAAUAUCCAUAUUUUGAAUUUGAUCGUCUUUGCCCAGGUACUAUUCCAGAUUUACCAUUACCAUAUACAACCACUAUCUCUGACUCAAAAACUUUGAUCGAAGAAAUUUUAUCCUUCUACGUAACGACAAGUACAGAUGGAUUACCAGUUACCGCUACAACUACUUCUACGAUCUUAUAUGAAACUGAAAGCUCGAGUGUUUACUCAUUUUCAUCCUCAAGUUCUGCUUCUAGUUCUGCUUCUAGUUCUGCCUCAAGUUCUGCUUCCAGUUUAGCCUCAAGUUCUUCUCCAAGGUCUGCUUCAACUCCUGCCUCAACUUCUGCCUCGAGUUCAGCUUCUAGUUCAGCUUCAACUUCUGCUUCAAGUUCAGCUUCUAGUUCAGUUGUUAGCUCAAUACCAAGUUCAGCUUCCAGUUUAGCCUCAAGUUCAACUCCAUCUUCUGCUUCAACUUCUGCCUCAAGUUCAGCUUCUAGUUCAGCUUCUAGUUCAGCCUCGAGUCCCGUUGUUAGCUCAACUUCCAGUUCAGUGACUACUUCUAUCUCUUCCUCUGCCACUGUUUCAGAGUCUCUCACUAGUUCAGCUCCAGAUUCAAGCUCUACUCCAUUUUCUAGCUUAGGUUCUAGUUCAGCGAUAUCUUAUAUUUCUGAGUCAAGCUCCAGCUCAGUGGCUUCCUCAUCUGGCGGUUCUUCAAUAUCUGGGGCUUCUACAUCUAUAUCCAAUUCACUAACAACUUCUUCUGUCGUUCCAAUUUCCUCCUCAAGCUUAGCCACAUCUUCAAAUGGCUUAUCUAAAACUUCAUAUUCAAUUUCUAAAACCGAGUUUUCUUCAUCUUCAAAGACUCAGAGCCCUGCCACUUCAGCUUUUAUUACAUCUGAUAUUACAGAGUCUACAAAGACAACGAGUAUCGAUACGGAAAGUACUGAAAUUUGGCAGAUAAUUACAGUCACCGAAUUUGGGAGAACAAUUCAUACGACAAGUACAACUUAUAUACCUUGGACAGGUUUAGAUACUGUUACAGCAACCACUAUUGUCAGGACAAUAUACGGAAGCUUUAGUAUAUAA